GUGUUAGAGAUUAAUGCCUCCGGAACACUACUUGUAGAGGAGAGGUGUGGCCAGUGAACCAGUGAUAAUAAAACCUAGCUUAAAAAACAAGUGAGAAAAACAGAGCAAAAUCAAGUAAUCAAUAUCAGAAUUCAGAAGAUGGGAGUUGAGAAGGAAAUCAUCAGACCUGGAAACGGGCCUAAACCCACACCCGGUCAAAAAGUCACCGUUCAUUGCACUGGUUAUGGGAAAAAUAGGGACCUUAGUGCUAAGUUUUGGAGUACAAAGGAUCCUGGGCAAGAACCAUUUGCAUUUAAUGUUGGGAAGGGAAAUGUGAUUAAAGGAUGGGAUGAAGGUGUGUUGGGGAUGCAAGUUGGUGAAGUUGCUCGUUUAACAUGUACUCCAGACUACGCUUAUGGUGCUGGCGGAUUUCCUGCAUGGGGAAUACAACCUAACUCCACUUUGGUAUUCGAGAUCGAAGUGUUGAGCGUUGGUAAUUAGCUGCUUUCAUUUAGAAAACUCUUUUAAAAGACCGUGAAUAAAAUGUAGAACUAUUGUUUCCCGAUUAUCAUUCCGACUUAAACAUGUAUCGGUCACGAUUUCAUGGUUAUGUAUGCUUAUCUUAUUGCGGAUCAAGCAGAUUCAAGCUUCUAUGAUUUCAAUUGUGUGUUAACAUAA